AUGACUUACCCUACUGAAUAUGAUGCCCUUAUUGCCAUCAGUGGAGGACGAGAAGGUACACAAAAUAUUUUAUCACAAAUGAGACGAGUAUUUUCUGCUGAAGACCCUACUCAAGGUUCAACUGAAGUUCAAAAUUCAACAUAUAGGGAUUUAGAGAAAUUAUCUUGUGAUAAUGUUAAACACAUAAUUCAGUACAUCAAUGAAUAUAUGAGACUGGCAGCAAAGACUGGUCGCUUUUUUGCAGGACCAGAACUUUCAGAAAAAUUUUGGUUAAAAAUGCCAGGGGAUCUUGGAAAUAGAAUCAAAACGGCCUUUGAAGCAAAGCAUCCCGGUCUGACAGUAGGAGUUUUUCCAAGAAUUAUAUUUGCUCAUAAAUUUCUUGAGCAGGAAUGCAAGGAUGCAGCAUUCAAAAGAUCAUUAAAAGAUCUAUCUUUUUGUAACCAAAUACCUAUCCCAGGGUAUUAUCAAAAGGCUGGAUCUAAGCGAAUAGGGAUCCGACAAUCAAAGACUUAUAAAGGUAAACCACAUAACACUCAUGCUAGAAUUGAAAAGCGUAAGCAUUUAUUAAGAAACAAAAAAUGCAAGUGUUAUUUUGCAAGAGAUUGUCCUAAUGAUAAAAGAAAUGUCAAAAGGGUGGCAAUUUUUGAGCAAUUAGAAAUUCCUGAAGAUUAUGAUAUCUUAUCUGUACAAGAGGGAGAAGCUCAAAGUGACGCCAUUUACAGUAUUUCAGAGGGAGAAGAUGAUAUUCUCGAGGUACAACACUCUGUUCAAACCUUGCAAAUAAAUUCAUUAUACAUGUUAGGUUUGGAAGAUGGAGGAUACAGGCAACAGAUUAAAUUGACGGAUGCACAGUCAAACUGUCUGCAUCAAUGGAAGCAUAAUGAAAAAAUUCUUGCUCCACAAUCAACGACUUGUACCUGUAACUCCUGCACCUGCAACUCCAUUUUAUCCUAUGAACUUGAUACAGGAGCAGAGAAAUUAUAUCAUCUGGUGUGA